GGAGUGCAGGCUAUUCACGGCACUGCUUCUCUCAGUCACAUAGACAAGGAGACGAGAGAACUGCACACCCCACGCAGCUCCCUAUUCUCAGGCUCCCUAGACUGACAGCAGCAAACGGCAGAGAGGAAAGGAGCGAGGGACUGAGACGCAGAGGGACAGAAGGGGCAGGUAUAAGAUAAACAUCUUCAGGAGAGAAAAGAACCUGCCAAAGGACUCUGUAGUACUCUUUUCCAGUUUGCCCAGACACGAGAUCCACGGGAAGGACCGCCCCAUAGUGACCGAGCUGCAGAAAGGGGACUGUAGAGGGGCGUGUUUCUCGCUCUGUAAUGUCACCUCGCAGGACACGGAGGCGGACAGCCUCUCCCUCACCUGGAUGCCUUGCCGGUUGGCUUUUGCCGCUCGCUGCCCUGCUGGUGAGCCAGGCACCGGCGUCCGCUUUCAAUCUGGACACGACGCACACGCUGACCAAGGAAGGAGAGGAGGGAAGCUUCUUCGGGUUCUCCUUAGCCCUUCACCGGCAGAUCAGCCCCGAACCCCACAGCUGGAUCCUAGUGGGGGCGCCGCGUGCGCGGGGUCUGAAUUCCCUGAGGAACAGCCGGCCCGGCGCUCUGUAUCGCUGCCCGAUCACGGCCGAAGAGUACGACUGCAAGCGCGUGGACAUUGAUGGGGACGUGAGGCCUGACCGAGAAAGCAAGGACAACCAGUGGCUGGGUGUGACUGUGAAGAGCCAGGGGAUUGGAGGGAAAGUGGUGACGUGCGCCCACCUGUACGAGCUCCGUCAGCGAGUCAACCAGCCCUCAGAGACUCGCGACCCCAUUGGGCGCUGCUACAUGCUGAGCGAGGACCUGACGGAGCGGGACGACCUGGACGGGGGCGAGUGGAAGUUCUGUGAGGGCAGGCCGCAAAGCCAUGAGCAAUUUGGCUUCUGUCAGCAAGGUCUGGCUGCCAGUUUCACCCCUGACAAGAACUUCGUCCUCUUUGGGGCCCCAGGCACAUACAACUGGAAAGGAGAGCUGCGAGUUCAGCUUGUGAAUCAGACCUUGCUCGACCUGGGUUUCUACGACGACGGCCCCUAUGAGGUAGCGGACGAGAAGAAGCAGGAUGCUCGGCUGAUCCCGGUUCCCUACCACAGUUACCUGGGAUUUUCUGUGGAUUCUGCAAAGGGUUUAAUGGCCCGGGAGGACCUGACCUUUGUGGCCGGCGCGCCUCGUGCCAACCACACGGGCGCCGUGGUCCUGCUCCGAAAGGACAACGUGUACCGGCUGGUGCCCCAGCACAUCCUAUGGGGAGAGGAGCUGGCCUCCUCUUUCGGAUACUCCGUGGCCACAGCGGACCUCAACAGUGAUGGUUGGACAGAUAUCGUAGUUGGGGCUCCCAACUUUUUUGACCGCAAGGCAGAGAUAGGCGGGGCUGUGUAUGUGUACCUCAACCCGGCAGGUCAUUGGCACGAAGCCCGUCCCAUCCGACUCAAUGGUACCCAUGACUCCAUGUUCGGCCUGACCGUUAGCGGAGUGGGGGACAUGGAUCAGGACGGCUACGGCGACUUCGCGGUUGGAGCUCCGUUCGAUGGUGAUGGUAAAGUCUAUAUUUACCGUGGUUCCUCCUCUGGCCUCGACACUAAACCUUCCCAGGUGCUGGAUGGAGUUGACGUAGGGGUGAAACAUUUUGGCUAUUCUCUUUCUGGAGGCCUGGACAUUGAUGAUAAUUCUUACCCUGACCUUGCGGUGGGAUCUCUCAACGAUCAAGUCAUUUUGUACAGGUCCCGCUCAGUCAUCCACGUCAGACGGGACGUCUCGAUCAGCCCCCAAAACAUUGACCUGGAGAAUCAGAACUGCAAGGGUCGCCAUGGGGUGUGCGUUGAGGUGAAGGCCUGCUUCGUCUACGCUGCCCACCCUUCAUCGUACUCUCCGCACAUCACCCUGAGAGUUCAGUUUGAGGCGGACGUCGAACGGCGGAAGCUGAACCUGCCGCACCGCGUCAGCUUCCUGGGCCACACCAGAUCGGAGCAGGAGUACCUGCACUCUGAAGACGUGGAGCUUCGUGGUCAGGCUCGUCCGGCGUGCAUUGCAGCCACCUUUCAGCUACAGGAGAAUAUUCGAGACAAGCUGCGUCCCAUCUCCCUGGCGAUCACACACAGCAUCAAGCCCCCCCGUCACCACGGCCAUGCCGGGUCCAAACACCUGGCGUCUCUGUUUCCUGUGCUGAGCCCGUCCAUCUCCCCCACCCUGUACACUGAGGUCGACUUCUUGCGGGAGGGAUGUGGAGAUGACCGAAUUUGUCAGAGCAACUUGCAGCUGAGCUAUCGUUACGGCACUCGACCGGGGAACUCUGACCUUUUCACUCCUUUGCCCUUGGACGAGGAUGGAAUGCCGGUCUUCUCUCUGUCCGACCAGCGGUCCAUAGCCUUGGAGGUCUCUGUCACCAACAUGCCCUCCGACCCCCGGCGACCUGAGGAGGAUGGUGAUGACGCCCAUGCCGCCCAGCUGCUGGUGACCCUCCCCGACACCCUGUCCUACUCCGGCUUCAGAGGCCAACAGGUGGUCUGCCAAGCCAAUCAGAACGGCUCUCAUGCGGAAUGUGAGCUGGGGAAUCCGCUGAAGAGAGACGCCAAGCUAAAAUUCUACAUAAUAUUAAGCACAUCUGGAAUCACCAUAGAAACCACGGACCUGUCUGUUGAUCUCUUACUAGCAACAAUAAGUGAGCAGCCUGAUGUGGCCUUAAUCACGGCCCGUGCGAAAGUCGUCAUUGAGCUCCCCCUGUCUGUCAGUGGGCUGGCCCGUCCUCACCAGCUGUUCUUCAGUGGGACGGUGAGGGGCGAGAGCGCCAUGAAAACACUGGAUGACAUUGGGAGUCCCGUGGAGUUUGAGUUCACGGUAACAAACCCAGGCCAGUCCCUGCAAACGCUUGGCUCCGCCUUCCUCAACAUCAUGUGGCCUCAUGAGCUGGCCAAUGGGAAGUGGCUGCUGUAUCCCACAGGGGCUCACUUCGAAGGGCACCCCAACACCCGCUGCAGCCCCACCUCUCUUGACCCCCUGCGUCUGAGUCCCGAUACGAAACACGACCAGCACCAUCACCAGCACAGCCAGGACCCAGAGUCUGCGGUGGGGAGGACCAGGCGCUCCCACCCGGAGGAGGAGAGGCAAACUGUGAGCAGAAGCAGCGUGGGGAGGACCAGGCGCUCCCACCCGGAGGAGGAGAGGCAAACUGUGAGCAGAAGCAGCGUGGGGAGGACCACGCCAGCGGUGGCGGCCUCAGAGAGGAGGAGGUCCCUGCAGCUGGACUGCCUUCUGGGUUCAGCCCAGUGCCUGCUGAUCCAGUGCCCACUCCACAGCCUCUCCGGGAGCGCGGUGCUCAGGGUCCAGGCCAGGCUCUGGAACAGCACUUUCCUGGAGGAGUUUCCAUCAGUCAGUGCUCUGGAGCUGCUAGUGAGAGCCAACAUCACCGUCAAGUCCAGCAUCAAGCAUCUGGUGCUGAGGGAUGCUGCCUCGCAGGUGCUGGUCUUGGUUUAUCCAGAACACGGGCACGCAGAUCAGUACUGGGUCCCAUGGUGGAUCAUCCUCAUCGCCGUCUUGGCUGGAAUCCUCGUCUUGGCUCUGCUAGUUUGCAUACUGUGGAAGCUCGGAUUCUUCCGGCGGGCCCAGUACAAAGAUUCCGUGCCCCAGUACCAUGCCGUGAAGAUUCCGCGCGAGGAUCGUUCGCAGUUCCAGAAUGAGAAGAUGGGGACACUGCAGAAGAAGGAGUGGGCCACGCACUGGAACGAUGGGGCGUCCUGAACGCACUGGAACGUCGCUCCGGACCCACAGGACACUCUAAGGGGUCCACAAAUGACCCCGUUGCUGCAGAUGAAGACACCUAACACUUGUAGAACUUAUCACACACAUACACACCAACUGUAGCAACGCAGCUUAACGUACCCUCGGAACCUUCUGGACGACGUUCCAAGAGUUCUAGAACAUUCUUCAAUGACCACACUGUAUUCAUCAUGGCAGACUAAUAUAACCACACUCAAAACUGUAAGUGCACAACAGCCCAAACGAGCAUGCGCUGAGACCUGCGUCCUGCAUAAGAAGCGUCGCCGCAGCCUUCUGGUCCCAUCAACGGAGCUAGCAAACCAGCCGCCCUUCCCACCCCCCCAACUUGCACUGAUGCUAACACGCACAUUCAAUCACUUACCAAGAAAAAAACGACGACGUAAAGUUGACUUCUGCUAGCCCUGCAUUCCCCGAGGAACCCAAGGACACCUACGUCUGCCUGAACGUUGAGAGCGGAGCAGCCGUCUUCAAUGAAAACCCGUUGACCAACAGAGUCCCACUCCGUUUGUCCAAGUCGCCAUGAUGAAGCUAGGCUGGGGCUGGUUCUUGCCUUAAUUCAGACAAAUCGGACAGAACACUGUAAUUUUCUAUUUCGCUUGAUUUUAUUUAUUGUUUGUUGCAUUGUUUUGUACUCGACUAGCUUACAGCCCAAUCCAGCAAUUUGACUAGAUUGCGAUGAAGUCAUACACGUCUCUUUGGUCUAAAACUCAGCUGGACCAUGUUGUUGGGUCUGCAUUUUGAGGGAUGGACAGAUAAACCUGGACCAUGCUGAGGGACAGUCAGGUACAACAUCUGGGUGGCACAAGAUCAGGUUCCUUGAUGCAGCUGAAGACCUCAGGACCUCAGAGGCAGAAUACGAAUGUCACAUCUAACCGGAACUGUGAUUUGCGUGAACAUGCAGGAGAGACAAACAGAGGAUUUGUACAUUUUAGCAGGACGGGAAGGAACUGAGAGAACAUUCUAGCGUUCAUUUACAAUGCAGCUGGCUGGUGGGUGUUUCGUUUGUAAGGUGUUUGGGUUCAAGAUUUGAAAACUAACACUGCUUCUAAGAAGAUGCUUUUCAGAGUGACAGGGGAUGAAAACAUGUAACAUACCUUUGGAAAUAUAAUUAGAAUAAAUAUAACAAUGGUAGUAUUUUGCUGUUUUAUUGCUAAGUUGUUUUGUAAGUGCCUUUUGGUAGUGCAACCUAAAUAUGAAAUAUAAGGAAGUAUAUUUUUUAAAAAACAAACAAAAAAAAUAGGCAUCAGUUUUGACUGCUGUACGUGAGGAGAGAAAUGUAAUUGGAUGUGGAUUAGCAUUGGAUUUAAGUGGCUGUAAUCCCUGGGAGUAAGUCAAUUAAGUGGUUACCUGUUGUCAUGGAGACGAACUGCCAUUGAAGUCCAUGCAUAAAUAUUGCUGGACAAUCUUGUUUAAAUGCAUGGACAAACCUUACUGUACAUGCUGAUUGUUUGUCAUGCUCACGUGUUUAUUUAUUUUCUGGCUGUAUUUGUGCACUACUGUAAAUAAAACAUGAAACGAAA